AUCCUUGGUUUGAGGUAGUUUCAUUCAAAGUGACUCAAAUAUUCUUCAUCGCGCUCAUAAUCGUUCAACAAAUAAAUAAUAUCACAUUUUUUUCGGGUACAGUCCUUGUAAGCGAUCUUAUCAGUUUACUUUUUGCAUAAAGUUGGAAUCUUGUUGGGGUUUCGUCCAGCUGAUGCUGAUUCAAAAUUUUAGACUUGACUCGACUAUCCACAAUGAAAGUACUUCAUUUAACAGUGUCUUUGGUUGUGAUUUUGGUACCAGUGCAGGGGCUGGAUCAAGGGAUUCCCCGUUCAUGUGCCGAGGUUAAAUCGGCCACAUCUGGGGUGUACACGGUUCAACCGCAGUAUGGAUUCGGUAAGCCGAUUGAAGUUUAUUGUGACCAGAAGUACCAGGGUGGUGGCUGGGCCGUCAUUCAGAACCGGUUUGACGGUUCUACUGACUUCUACCGCGAUUGGAACUCCUACGCCAAUGGGUUUGGCGAUUGGCGCGGAGAGUUUUGGCUCGGACUUGAUCGGAUUCACGAGCUGACUUAUGCCCAAAAAAAUGAACUGCAUGUGGUGCUGGAGGACUUCGACGGUGUCAAGGCGGUUGCGAAAUACAGUGAGUUCCUGGUCGCAGGUCCAGCGGAUAGAUAUCGGCUAAGAAGUUUGGGCACAUUCUCUGGUGAUGCUGGAGAUUCACUUAGAUACUCGCUAACCGGCUUUUUCCAGACCUAUGAUAACGUUGUUGAUAAAAAUUUAAACUGUCCCGUCGUGUAUGAAGGUGCUUACUGGUACGGACAUAACGGAUGUUAUAAAAGCCACUUGAACGGAUUAUAUCUGAAAGGUGCCUCUUCACCCGAUUGGAAGAUGAUGUGCUGGGAAAAAUUUAGAGGACCAGGUUAUUCGCUUAAAGCCUCUCGAAUGAUGAUUCGUCCAAUUGAAGCGACGCACAUCGACCAUUUUUAGAAUAAGCUCAUUGACGGUAUAUCCUUUUACAAUAAUAAAUUCAACAAAGUUUUUUUUUUUU